UCCACCCUACUUCCGGUCAUUGAGUUCCACACACCGGACGUGAGUUUUCAUCGCCUGCUGCAGCCUCCCAGUGUCCGUCGUGAUCAGACACUCCAGCUGUGAGGAACCAGAGUCAUUAUUACACGUCACACGUUCUGUAUUCUUAUCUAUCACUAAGCAUGGACACGUCCGGGAGUCUCAGGACUGAGAGGAUAAUAAAUAUCACCCUGGAGAUCAUCUACCUGCUGACUGGAGAGGAUUACACAGUAGUGAAGAAGACAUCCGGUGAGUGUGAGACACCCAGCAGCCAUCACCAUGUGUCAGGAGGACUGAUCAGGACCCAGAGCCUCAUCACGGUGCCUCCACCUCACUCACUGAUACAUGAGAGACACAAUGACCAGAAGAUCCUGGAACUCACCAACAAGAUCAUUCAGCUGCUGACUGGAGAGGAGGAGGAGUAUAUAGAGGAACACAGGGGUCUAUACAAGGACGUGAUGAUGGAGAAUCACCGGCCCCUCACAUCACUGGAUGGGCCCAGUAACAGAGAUACCCCAGAGAGAUGUCCCCGUCCUCUGUAUUCCCAGGACUGUACAGAGGAGAGUCACAGGAUCCCACAGGAGGAUCAGGUAGAACGUCUGUCUGAAGAAGAGACGUAUGUGACUGAUAUGAAGGCAGAAGAUAUAGAGGGAGAAGAAGAGACGUAUGUGACUGAUAUGAAGGCAGAAGAUAUAGAGGGAGAAGAAGAGACGUAUGUGACUGAUAUGAAGGCAGAAGAUAUAGAGGGAGAAGAAGAGACGUAUGUGACUGAUAUGAAGGCAGAAGAUAUAGAGGGAGAAGAAGAGACGUAUGUGACUGAUAUGAAGGCAGAAGAUAAAGAGGGAGAAGAAGAGACGUAUGUGACUGAUAUGAAGGCAGAAGAUACAGAGGGAGAAGAAGAGACGUAUGUGACUGAUAUGAAUGCAGAAGAUAUAGAGGGAGAAGAAGAGACGUAUGUGACUGAUAUGAUGGCAGAAGAUAUAGACAGAGAAGAAGAGACGUAUGUGACUGAUAUGAAGAUAAAUGAUAUAGACAGAGAAGAAGAGACGUAUGUGACUGAUAUGAAGGCAGAAGAUAUAGAGGGAGAAGAAGAGACGUAUGUGACUGAUAUGAAGGCAGAAGAUACAGAGGGAGAAGAAGAGACGUAUGUGACUGAUAUGAAGGCAGAAGAUACAGAGGGAGAAGAAGAGACGUAUGUGACUGAUAUGAAGGCAGAAGAUAUAGAGGGAGAAGAAGAGACGUGUGUGCCUGAUAUGAAGGCAGAAGAUAUAGAGGGAGAAGAGAUGUAUGUGACCGAUAUGAAGGCAGAAGAUACAGAGGGAGAAGAAGAGACGUAUGUGACUGAUAUGAAGGUAGAAGAUAUAGAGGGAGAAGAAGAGACGUAUGUGAGGGGUGAUCAGCAGUGUAAGGAGGAAGAGAUCCCUACAGAUAUCAGCACAGCAGAUGGACACAAAAGCAGGAACAUCUCAGAAGGACAUCUAAUGUUAUCCCCGGACUGUGAAAUAAAAGAUGAUGACAGUAGACAGGAUUCUCCAGGAGAUAACCCCAUUACCCCAAUUGUACCUCCAGCCCUGUCAGCUGAUCCCUCUGAUCCUGGGAAAUGUUCUCCUGAUCACUCUGAUAUUGGAGCAUCUGUUACAGCUCUGACAGUAGAUACAGUGUUUCCCUGUUCUAUAGAUGCCAAAUGUUUUACACCGAACACAAAGCUUAUUACCCAUCAGUCAGCUAAGGCAUAUGAGAGGCCAUUUCCAUGUUCUGAGUGUGGGAAAUGUUUUACAUGCAAAUCAGCUCUUGUUGCACAUCUGAGAAUUCACACAGGUGAGAGGCCAUUUCCAUGUUCUGUGUGUGGGAAAUGUUUUACAUGGAAAUCAACUCUUGUUACACAUCAGAAAACUCACACAGGUGAGAGGCCAUUUCCAUGUUCUGAGUGUGGGAAAUGUUUUACACUGAAAUCAUAUCUUGUUCAACAUGAGAGAAGUCACACAGGUGAGGGGAACUUUCCAUGUUCUGAGUGUGGGAAAUGUUUCACACACAAAUCAGUUCUUGUUACACAUCAGAGAAGUCACACAGGUGAGAAACCAUUUCCAUGUUCUGAGUGUGGGAAAUGUUUCACACACAAAUCAGUUCUUGUUACACAUCAGAGAAGUCACACAGGUGAGAAUCCAUUUCCAUGUUCUGAGUGUGGGAAAUGUUUCACACACAAAUCAGCUCUUGUUAGACAUCAGAGAAGUCACACAGGUGAGAAACCAUUUCCAUGUUCUGAGUGUGGGAAAUGUUUCACACACAAAUCAGUUCUUGUUACACAUCAGAGAAGUCACACAGGUGAGAAUCCAUUUCCAUGUUCUGAGUGUGGGAAAUGUUUCACACACAAAUCAGUUCUUGUUACACAUCAGAGAAGUCACACAGGUGAGAAUCCAUUUCCAUGUUCUGAGUGUGGGAAAUGUUUCACACACAAAUCAGUUCUUGUUACACAUCAGAAAAGUCACAUAGGUGAGGAACCAUCUUCAUGUUCUGAGUGUGGGAAAUGUUUUACUAAAGCAUCAUAUCUUGUUAUACAUCAGAGAAGUCACACAGGUAAGGAGCAAUUAUCAUGUUCUGAGUGUGGGAAAUGUUUUGCAGCUAAAUCAAAACUUGUGAGACAUCAGAGAAGUCACACAGGUGAGAAACCAUUUAAGUGUUCUGAGUGUGGGAAAUGUUUUGCUCUGCAAUUAAAUCUGGUUACACAUCAGAAAAGUCACACAGGUGAGGAACCAUUUUCAUGUUCUGAGUGUGGGAAAUGUUUUACUAAGGCAUCAUAUCUUGUUAUACAUCAGAGAAGUCACACAGGUAAGGAGCAAUUUUCAUGUUCUGAGUGUGGGAAAUGUUUUGCAAAUAAAUCAGCUCUUGUAAUACAUCAGAGAAGUCACACAGGUGAAAAACCAUUUUCAUGUUCUGAGUGUGGGAAAUGUUUUACUUCCAAAUCAACUCUUGUUAUACAUCAGAGAAGUCACACAGGUGAGAAGCCCUUUGCAUGUUCUGAGUGUGGAAAAUGUUAUACUACUUCAUCACAUCUUGUUAUUCAUCAGAGAAAUCACACUGGUGAGAAACCAUUUCCAUGUUCUGAGUGUGGGACAUGUUUUAAAGAGAAAUCACAUCUUGUUAUACAUCAGAGAAUUCAUACAGGUGAGAAGCCAUUUUCUUGCUCUGAGUGCGGGAAAUGUUUUACCCUGAAAUCAAAUCUUGUUAGACAUCAGAGAAGUCACACAGGUGAGAAACCAUUUCCAUGUUCUGAGUGUGGGAAAAGUUUUCCAUACAUAUCAGAUCUUGUUAAUCAUCAGAAAUGUCACACAGGUGAGAAGCCAUUUUCUUGCUCUGAGUGUGGGAAAUGUUUUACAUACAAAUCAGCUCUUGUUAGACAUCAGAGAAGACACACAGGUGAGAAGCCAAUGAUAUGUUCUGAGUGUGGGAAAUGUUUUGCAUUAAAAUCAGCUCUUGUUAGACAUCAGAGAAGUCACACAGGUGAGAAUCCAUUUUCUUGCUCUGAGUGCGGGAAAUGUUUUACACGGAAAUCAGGUCUUGUUACACAUCAACGAAGUCACACAGGUGAGAAGCCAUUUUCCUGUUCUGAAUGUGGGAAAUGUUUUAUAAGUAAAUUAUAUCUUGUUAGACAUCAGAUAAUUCACAUAGGUGAGAAUCCAUUUUCUUGCUCUGAGUGCGGGAAAUGUUUUACCCUGAAACAUAAUCUUGUUAUACAUCAGAGAAGUCACACAGGUGAGAAUCCAUUUUCUUGCUCUGAGUGCGGGAAAUGUUUUACCCUGAAACAUAAUCUUGUUAUACAUCAGAGAAGUCACACAGGUGAGAAGCCAUUUUCUUGCUCUGAGUGUGGGAAAUGUUUUACCCUGAAAUCAAAUCUUGUUACACAUCAGAGAAGUCACACAGGUGAGAAGCCAUUUUCUUGCUCUGAGUGUGGGAAAUGUUUUACCCUGAAAUCAAAUCUUGUUAUACAUCAGAGAAGUCACACAGGUGAGAAUCCAUUUUCUUGCUCUGAGUGUGGGAAAUGUUUUACCCUGAAAUCAAAUCUUGAUACACAUCAGAGAAGUCACACAGGUGAGAAUCCAUUUUAUUGCUCUGAGUGUGGGAAAUGUUUUACCCUGAAAUCAAAUCUUGAUAAACAUCAGAGAAGUCACACAGGUGAGAAGCCAUUUUCUUGCUCUGAGUGCGGGAAAUGUUUUACACGGAAAUCAGGUCUUGUUACACAUCAACGAAGUCACACAGGUGAGAAGCCAUUUUCCUGUUCUGAAUGUGGGAAAUGUUUUAUAAGUAAAUUAUAUCUUGUUAGACAUCAGAUAAUUCACAUAGGUGAGAAUCCAUUUUCUUGCUCUGAGUGCGGGAAAUGGUUUACCCUGAAACAUAAUCUUGUUAUACAUCAGAGAAGUCACACAGGUGAGAAGCCAUUUUCUUGCUCUGAGUGUGGAAAAUGUUUUACCCUGAAAUCAAAUCUUGAUACACAUCAGAGAAGUCACACAGGUGAGAAGCCAUUUUCUUGCUCUGAGUGUGGGAAAUGUUUUACCCAGAAAUCACAACUUGUUACACAUCAGAGAAGUCACACAGGUGAGAGGCCAUUUCUAUGUUCUGAGAAAUAAAUCAGCUCUUGUCGCACA